UCUUUUGUGUUUUGUGUGUUGGGAGUGUUCCGGAGGGAAUUAUUAUCACUCAUUCAUCCUUCCCAGCAGCCCAGAGACAUUACCCAACAUGUACAUUCCCUCGGAGGAGAUGGGGGACUACGAAGACUACAGGAGCAGACAGAAGAAGAAGUCUGGCGGAGUCCUGUAUCCACUAGAUGAGGAGGGAACCUACGGAGCUCCUCCUGCUCCCCUACCUAAACCCUUACCUGGAUACUUGAAGAGAGAACGGAAACCUAAGCAGUAUGCCAGCUAUGCAGUGAGCAGUGAUUGUUGUAUGCACGCUUCAAAACUGGAGAAUAAUGAGUCCCAAUCUACUCUGGGUAGAAAGACUACUCCACCCCGUGGUAAAACUCCUCCAGCAAGAAGAUCAUCUGCUCCGAGUAGAACCAAGGAACCAACUCCAACCCGGUCAAAGGAUCCUGCUCCGGUCAAGACGAAGUGGCAGAAUACACUUCGUGACUCCGGGUAUACAAAUAGUGCUCCUCGAUGGCAGGACUCACUCCGGGGUGGACGAGACUCCAUAUCUCCGGGCACUCCUCAACCGCAGAGACGUCCCACUACUCUACCCCGGAAAACAGGACGAGGAAAGUCCUCCUCAGUAUCUCCGAAUAGAUCAAGAACAAUAUCUGCUUCUCCAGAUAGACUUCGUAGACAGCUCGAGCUCACAGAGGAAGGUUUCGUCAGAGAGAAAAUCCUCCCAGGUUUCGGAAAGAAGAGAAUCUACUGGGAUGAGAGGCUCCGGCAGGGAUUACUCCAACUCUGCUUCAGACUACUCCAGGAAAAGUUCGUCAAAAGACUACUCCGGAUCAGGAGUACGGGACUUCUCCACCAGCUCGAAGGAAUACGCUAAAAGUGCAAGAGAUUACUCAGCUAACUCUAGUAGCUCCCGAGACUAUACAAGUUCUCUGGGAUCACGGAACGAAAACACCUCUCGGAGUAGUUCACCAGUAAAGAUUGGUCUCAGCGCUCUAAAGGCUCCUACAAUUACUGAAUGGGAUCAAAUGGGAAUCCUUGGACUCUCCUCCAAGAUGUUUAAGGAGUCAGCUAACAAGAAGGAGUCAAUGCAGUCCUCUACCUAUAUCAGAAAGGAGUCAUUUACCGCCAAGGUCAUGUAAAAAAACCACCUAGAAAUCUGGGACCCAAGAAAGACGAAUAAAAGUAAAAGCAGAACUGAAAUUGACUGGUUUUAAACCUAAAAAAGUCAACAAAAAAACCUGUGCAGUGUACAGCUCUCUGAACCUAAUCUAAACCUUAACUCUUGGAGAAGGGGGGAAUAUAUCAAACCUAAAUUUACACUAAUCCUGGACAAUUAUUCGUACAGUAGAGUUCAUUGUUAAUAAAUAUUAACAUUGAUUAA